GUGCAGUCGACUGGUGUUGUGCGGGAGUUGCCCCGCAAGGGAAAGAGUGGUGUGCAGGCGUACACCGUCGCCACGCAGAAUGAGAAUGAAGAGUGGAAACUGAUCCGCAUUAAAGCGUCAACAAAAGACUUGGAUAACAAAUCGAGGUAUUGCACUCAGAUUGGUGAUAAGGUCAUGAAUUUUCAAGAUGACAUUGAUGAUUGUGUUGCUUCCCAAAUCUUAACUGAGGAAAAGAAGAGCAUGUUCAUUGAUCAUAUCAUUCCUGGUGCAAUACGAAUGCACAGGGAUCGUCUGCUUGUGCAACCCCAGGAAGGCAAACUAGAGGUGCCCAAUUUUGAAAAUGGCAACCCUUGUACCCAUUUCACUGUACCCUCAGAUCACCACAGUGAAGGUGUUGAGAAUGCUGACUUUGUGCUCUACGUGGCAGCCGGUACCGGAGAGCCAUUUGGUGUCACAUGUGCAAGAGAAGAAUCGUCAGGUCGCCCAAUUGCUGGUGCCAUGAAUUUUCCCCCGUACUAUCUUGUUGAUCCGCGAUUGAAUGUCCGUAUUGCUGCCCACGAGAUGGCACACGCC